GCUUCAACUCCUGGUGGGUGAUGAAAUUGCAUGGCGUGGUAAUGAAUGAAUGAGUGAAUUACCACAAUAGGUUUUUUAUCAGCGUAUUCAUAAUUUCAUCAUUUAAUGCCAUUUAAAUCGGACGAAUUUUUGAAUAAAGUUGUUCUAGUAACUGGAGCUAGUUCAGGAAUAGGAGCUGUGACAGCUAUUUUAUUUUCAAAAUUGGGUGCAAAACUAUCCCUCACGGGACGCAAUAUUAUAAAUCUAGAAAAAACAUCACAGGAUUGUGAAAAUGUUUCCCAUAAUAAAUAUAAACCUAUUAUGUUUAAAGCAGAACUUACUCAUGAUAAAGAUGUAGAAAAUUUGGUUAAAGAAACUAUUAAAACUUAUUCUAAAUUGGAUAUAUUAAUCAAUAAUGCAGGAAUAUUAGAGACUGGCAGCAUAGAGAACACCACACUUGAACAAUAUGAUAGAUUAUUUAAUAUUAAUGUGAGAUCUGUAUAUUACUUAACUAUGCUUUCUGUUCCAUAUUUAAUUGAAUCAAAGGGUUCCAUUGUUAAUGUUUCUAGUGUAAAUGGAAUAAGAAGUUUUCCUGGUGUUCUUGCAUAUAAUAUGUCAAAGUCUGCCCUUGAUCAAUUUACAAGAUGUAUAGCAUUGGAAUUAGCAUCAAAAAAUGUUAGGGUAAAUUCUGUUAAUCCUGGUGUUACCUUGACAGAGUUGCAAAAAAGAGGUGGUUUACAAGAGGGGGAAUACAACAAUUUUUUAGAAAAAAGUAAAGGAACUCACCCAAUGGGCCGUGUAGCAAAUCCUAUAGAAGUAGCUAAUAUAAUAGCAUUCUUAGCAUCUGAAAAUGCCUCAUUUGUAACAGGAGUUAACAUGCCUGUUGAUGGUGGUAGAAGUGUUGCUGGCUUAAGAUAAUCAUAACUUAUACAUUGAUUUAAAUUAUUAUUUUAAUAAAAUAAAUUGUGCUCUAAA